UGCGGAGAUAGUUGAUGUUCUUCUUUUGUCACAAAAAAAAAUUGUUUUAUGAGUUUGUUUCAAUAAAUUUUUCUCUUGCAUAUUUUCACAUGUGAUUUUUCUCCGCGUAAUUUCAAUAGGUAAGAGGAAAUUAAAAAGAGUCCAAAGAUUCUUUCGUUCCAGGGAUUAACACAGUCUUUUUUGCCAUUGAAAUUUCGCGAGUUUGGGGAAAAAUACUUCUUGCAACCUAAUUUUAAUAAUAAUCAUCUAAAACCAACAAAUAAAUGGGCCAAGCAGGGUAAUUCAUGAAUAAAUAAUUGAAUUAACUUUAAAGUCAAUUAAAUAACGUAGUCUAAGGUUUAUCAAUCACAAGAAAGGAAAACAUCCUAAAAACAAUUAUGGAGGAUAUGUUGUUGGGGAGAGUCACGUGAACUGCAUAUGGUUGUUUUUGACAAUUUCUAAACUUUUAAAUAUUUUGAGCAUUUUAAGGUUUGUUGGGGGGUUGUGUUUUAUAAGUUAAGGGUUGGGCCAACUGUAUAACCCUAAGGGAAAAGGAAAAGCCAAGUAUAAGUGUUGAGACGAGGAGAGGAGGACAAGGAAGGGUGCUGUGCAAUGGAAGUAGGCAGGUUUGCUGUGAUUUUCCGUGCUAUGGGAGAUAAUGAGGAUAUGUUUUAUCGCGUGGAGCUUGAGAAUACCUUGGGGGGCAGAAGAAAAUUGAAAAAAGGGGACAGAAAAACGAUUUCUCCUUUUGCGUUGCUCUCUCAUGAAAGAUUUGGACGGGCAGGAAGCUGGGACAUUAUUGGUGAUGACAUCUACUGGAUUGGCGGAAUCAAGUUGAAUAGUGAGGGGAUGACACGCGUUUGUAACGAGUUGAUCAAGCAUAACAUGACUAGUGAUGAUCCUACGGUUUGGGAAACCGUAUCUUCUUCCAUGAAAAUUCCCCGUGCAUCACCCUUCUUCACUGCCGUUGGUGGAAAAAAACUAUAUGCUGUUCUUGGCACUGCCUAUCGUCCCCCAGAUGAGGACGAGGAACUUGCCCCAGAUUGGGACAGGUGUGGUGAAGUUUACGACAUCCAAGACAAAACUUGGCACUACCUAGAUCCUGAUGUCGAAGAUUUUUAUGACUAUGAUCCUUUUGAUGCUGCUUUUGUCAAAGGAGAAAACGGUGAGCCCACCGAUAUUGUCUUUUAUGACCCCCCUCAACGCCCUCUCAUGUUUUUCAAUUUUCAUUCGAAAACGUUGAGGUUCGCCCCUGAUCCCUCCUCCUCCUUUGCCGGCUGGUUCUCUCAUCCUGACAGCCCUCCACUAUUCCAUGCUAUCAAUAAUUUAAAAACCGUCUUCCAUAACAAUACAUUCUAUUGGUUCGCCCGUGACCUGCGCUUGUAUGGUUAUGAUAUUGUUUCUCAGACCUGGUCCGUAUCACCAUCUCUUAAAGAUCGAUGCCCCACCCUCCAAUUUCGGCCUUAUUCCCCCAUUUUGAUUGGCCUGGGAAAUGGAAAAUUUGUGGUCAUUCUUGAUGAACCUAUACAUCCUCCUUCUUUAAGUUUCACAAUGGCCUUCCUCGCCGUGCAAAAACAGCAGGACAGCUGCAUCUUUAGUGUAUCCGUGGAGUCACUUCAGGCCUUCUCCCUUGAUAAUCAUCCCCUUCCCUUCUUUGAUGCCAAGAAAGUUGAAGAAUACUGGGUUAGGCACCGUGCGCGGACAGCGAAAGACCGAGAAGAUUGACUCAAGAACCAAAGCUCUCAUCUCAACAUUUGUAGUUGGUGGCCUGGGAAUCCUCUUGGUUAAGAGACUGCAACACCGAAACUGAUUCUUCAUCCAACCAUUUUCUCACUGUAGAGAUGUUUCAGUUAGAUAGAUGCUCUUUUUUUUUUCCCUGACUAAUAACUUCUAAAUUAGAGACCUCAUGAUUUUUCUUCCAUUAAUUUUACAGUAUCUAUUUGGUUUCACAUUAAUUUAUCGAUCCAAAACAUUUAUUGUGAUUCCAUUUUGACAAAUCAUUUAUAUAACUACAUUAUUCAAUAGGUUUAGAUUUCAUAUUCUCGAAAUAUUCUACAAUUUUUCUACGCUAUAUUACAUUCAUAAACGUUUGUCAUAUAUUAAUUUUUUUUUCUGACAUAGUUCUUCGAGAUCUCAUUAAUCUCAGGUAUCUAACUUUUCUCUUGAGAGUCUGAUAGUCACAUCAAGAUUCUAUUCAUGAAUUUUGCUAACUAGUCAAAAAUUCAUCAAUCGGAUGCCGAAAAUAACAACCGAAUAUACACAUAAGAUAAAAAUUACAAAAUAAUCCCGCAACAUCAUCGACGCGUGGUUGAAUUCAACUUUCGUAUCUUAUGCUUGCUUAUAAAUUUCAUCGUGCAAUCUAAGUGAGUGUAAAAAAAGGGGGAAAUAUGGGUUUAAUGGGUCUAAAAAAGAAAGAAGUUAGGAAG